AUGAAUAAAACCAAACUCAAAUCUGAAUUUAAGUUUAGAUCCCUGAAGCUCGUAAGACCUUCGUGUUCGUUCGAUGGGUCCAUACUCAAGCCUCCCAGCCACUCCAACUAUUCCUCUCCCAACAACCCCACUCCCAACAACCCGACUCCCAACAACCCCACUCCCAACAACCCCACUCCCAACAACCCCACUCCCAACAACCCCACUCCCAACAACCCCACUCCCAACAACCCCACUCCCAACAACCCCACACCCAACAACCCCACUCCCAACAACCCCCCUGUCAGAAGUCCCAGUCCCGCGCGUCUCUCCCUCCAGCCAAUUUCCCCAUGA